CCAAAGUUAUGAGCAAGAAACAUCUUGAUGCUGACGAUACCAAGGAUGCUACCUGGCUAGCUAGAGAGAUUGGAAAGUUCAACGGAAAUCUUGAUAGAGGAAUGGCCUUCCUCCUAGGUGCCAAUUUUCAGAAGUUUGGAAAGAAGUAUGGUAGAGAUGCAUACACCCAAUUAGCCACAAUUUUAGAAAGAGCUCUAAGCGACAUGGCAAUAGGUAAAAAUCAAAUGAAUCAGGUCUACAAAGAACUAUACGAGCAAGAGUGUCUCAGCGAUUGCUUGGAGUUACCUUACUUCAAGGAAUACAAAAAGGGUUUUAUCAAAACAUAUGAAACUCCUAAGCCUCAUACAAUGUCUGACGAUGAUGAAAACUCAACAGAAGUCCUCAAAUCCCAAAUUCAAACUCCUUCGGAGACUCUUGCUUGACCUACUACUUCAGAAAAAUUCCUUAAAAAUGCUGCUAUGAGCUCGAGUUUUAAUGAUAGAAGCAAAGAAACUAAGAAGUUCACUACCUCCCAAGAAAAUCUAGAACCAUAUGAACAUCUCAAUGAAGAAGAACCUGAAAAUAGUGAACAAGUACUCAGGGCUUUUAAUAUUCAAGGGGAAGAGCAUAUUCCAUACUCUGCUGAAAAUUCUCAGCAUAUAAGAGCUCAUGAAAUCUCAGAUGGCAACUCCAUUGACUCAGAAGCAGAUGAAUAUCCUCAAUAUGAGUGCCAAGUGGAUCAGAACCCAGAUGGAGAACAAAUAACCUAUAAGAGAAUGAAGACUGGAGAGGAACACGAAGCCCAUAUUGAACUUCAGGACCAAAAAGUAGAACUUGAACAAAGACUUUCGAACCAUAACCCUCUUGCUGAAGAUUCAAAUGAUCAACAUGACGAUCCAAUGGAGUCUCACCACCAACCUCCUAACGAAGGGAAUAAAAACCAAGAAACAUUUGACGUAGAAGAAUUUACUAAAAAGAGAGAAAUGAAGGAACAACUCAGGUUUGCAGAACAAGACCAGUUAAAUAAGGACGGACUUGAUGUAUACAGAAGAAGUAACUCUGAAGAACAUGUCCCUCUCAAAAAGAUAGCUACACAGCCUUCCAAUCUCCCUAAAGGGAUUAAUGAUAUAAGACAUAUCCCAGAUGUUAAUGCUCAGGCCCAGCUACUCGACGAGCAUAACCAAGAGUUCUCAGAUCCUGAUGAAGCUGAGAUUAUUGAAAAAACAUUCAGAGAACAAGAAUUUGCAAAGAAGCAACAAGAUGCAUUCGAGGAAAUGCAAAGAAAAUUAGAGCAAGAGCGCAAAGACAAAGAAGUAGCAGAUCAGCUACAGAAUGAGGAAAGAAUUAAAGUUCAGCAGCAAAUAGCUAGUUCAAUCUGAGAACUAUGCAAUCGUGCAUUUGGUGAUUCUGAAGUUGUGCAGCUUUCUUGAGAAGACAUCUUUCACCCUUCUUGAUUUCAAAAUUAUGUUGAAUAUAAAGUAAAGGUGAAAAACUACCCAAUCACUUGUCCAGGCGACAAAUGAAGAGAAAAGGUAACAUACUCAGAACUCAAAGCACUAUUAAACACAGGGUUGUACAAUGAAAUUGAAAAAGAUAGGAUGCGAGAAUACUUACCAGAGUCGGAAUAUAAUUAUGAGGAUCCAACUACUACCCAACAAUCCAACAACAGAAACAAAAGAGACUCUAAAUAUAAAGGAAAACAUAAUCAAUUGAAGAAAAAGAAAGAUAAAGAAAGGAAAAAGUUUCUCGGACUUUUCUAAAUCAAGACAAACCCCUCAAAGAACAUUCUUUGGAGUUCUUGCUCAAUAAGAUACAAUGAAACCAAGUCUGUAUCUAGCAAAUAUUCCAGAAGGUGUUCAAAUGAGGCAUAAGAGUAAGCAUUACUAUUGGAUAUAAGUUGCAUAACGGGAUUCUCGGCUUGUGUGAGGUGACUUCGAAAAUAUUGCUCUAAACAAGCUCCUAAAUCAAACGAGCCUCAUUUAAAACACAUUAUCGACCAAAAUCUCCAAAAUUUGCAAUUUAAUCUU